AUGGAGCAAGCUGGUGAAAAGUCAACGAGCCAUGUGCUCGAGACGCCACUCUGGGUGGUUGUCGUCCGAGGAUUCCAGUUCUUGAUUUCUCUCAUAAUUCUCGGUUUGGCAGGUCGUUUAAUGCACGACUUGUACCUCGACGAGUUUGGACUCUCCGUCGCAACUGCCCUCAUCACUUGGGCCAUCUUAUUCUACACCCUAUCAACCGAAAAGAUCCCCGCCUGGCAAACCGCGUACCACAUUCUGGCCGUCACCGUUCUCGAUGCCUUCCUCGUCAUCAUGUGGCUGGCUACGUUUGCUGCCGUGGCCGCGAGACGAGCUACGUUCAACAUUGAUGUUAAUGUGCGAGGCUGUGUUGACGACGGAAGCGCCAUCGACAGCAAGACGUGUUUCACGAAGCGAGAUAUUGAGAAGAGGGCUAUUUUGUUCAAGAGUGGUGGUGCCAUGAUGAGUGCUAUUGCUGGGCUUGGCGCUCUCAUGUGGCUCCUGUUUAUUGCUACUUUUGUCUGGACCCUACUCAUGUUUCUGCGAGGCCGCAAGGAGGGCCGAUUCCCCAUCGGAGGCGGCGCUGGGAACUCCAACAACUUCCAAAUGGAACCAAAGACUGAGCAAGCCGCUCCCAUGAUGCAGCAGCAGCAACAACAACAACCUCCGCAGCAAUAUGAGCAGCAGCAGCAACAGCAGUACCAGCAGCCCAUUCAACCUCAGCCAACUGGUGAAUACCAGCCGUCUCCGCUUACACAGAACCCGACCCCGGCUGGCUACCCGACUGCUCAGAGCCCAUACCAGCAGCAGCCGCCUUAUCAGCCUCCCCAGGAGAAUCAGCAGUACAACCAGUACAACCAACAAUACCCUUCGUAUCAGCAGCAUGUACAGCACGGUAGUGAGCUAUCAGGCACACCACUUCCUCAGCAGUCGUAUCCCACUCCUCCACCGGUGACGACUUCUCCUCCUCCCCAGCAGCAGCAGCAGCAGUACUAUCAGCAACCACAGCAGCAUCAGCAGUAG